UCUCCGGCAGCCGUCACCUCCGCACGUCUUCCCCUUCCUAAUUCUAGCCACCCUUGUUUUGGAAUUGGUUUUGUUUUUUUUCUUGAACUAAAGCCGCAAAGUGCGAUUAAACUAUUGUCUUCGGGGGAGAAUGGUGUCGGAUUUGAUUCAACGGUGACCUUUCAAAUCGAUCAACGGAUUAGUGCUCGCCUGUGUUCAUCAGUGUUUGUUUUUUUUUUAGUGACGGUCUAUAAAUAUAAGCAACAGAUCCUGUUCAAACUGUUGCCGGAGGCAGGACGUGAUCUUAAUACGACGUUGAAGAAAUCAAGUGGAAAGGAAGAACUUUGUCAAGCAAAUAAAAAAAAAAAAAGAGGAGAAAUGAGUCUGAUCGUGCCAGCCGCAACGGCCGCAGCCACGACAGCCACAUUAUGGUUCAUUCCCAUUCUGGUGGCAGCCGUUUCCUUUUAUCAAUACGACAAAACGGAUCCGGAAGGACGGCCCAAAGACACCAAGGUGAUUUACAAGUACUACGACUUUAUCGUCAUCGGGGCCGGAUCGGCUGGGGCGGUCGUUGCUAACCGACUGAGCGAGCAACCCGACUGGAACGUCCUAUUACUGGAAGCCGGUGGCGACGAGACGGAAACAUCCGACGUGCCGGCCUUGGCCGCCUAUUUGCAACUCUCUGAACUCGACUGGCAAUACAAAACGGAACCUCAGCCAACUGCUUGUCUCGCCUUUAACGACAAAAGGUGUUCCUGGCCGCGCGGUAAAGUACUCGGCGGCUCGUCGGUGCUCAACUACAUGUUAUACGUUCGCGGGAACCGCCGAGAUUACGACAGCUGGGCCCAAAUGGGCAACUACGGCUGGAGCUACGACGACGUCCUGCCAUAUUUCAUCAAAUCGGAGGACAACCGAAAUCCUUACCUGGCCCAGUCGCCCUAUCACGGCGUCGGCGGUUACCUCACCGUUCAAGAGUCGCCUUACAAGACGCCUUUAGCUACUGCCUUUGUCGAAGGUGGUGUCGAAUUAGGUUACGAACAUCAAGACGGAAACGGAGCCUACCAGACGGGAUUCAUGAUCUCCCAGGGGACAAUACGACGCGGAUCGAGAUGCUCGACAUCAAAGGCAUUCUUACGUCCGGUGCGGAAGCGCAAGAACCUGCACAUCGCGAUGCAUUCGCACGUGAUGCAAAUCAUGAUCGACCCUGAAACGUAUCAAGCUUACGCCGUCAAAUUCGCCCGGAAGGGCAAGAUCUACGUCAUCCGGGCCACCAAGGAAAUUGUCUUAUCUGCCGGAUCUGUCAACACGCCGCAAUUGCUCAUGUUGAGCGGUGUCGGGCCGGCUGAGCAUUUGCAACAGCUCGGAAUUCCCGUCAUCUCCGAUUUGAGAGUCGGCGACAACUUGCAGGACCAUAUCGCGGCCGGCGGAAUGGUCUUUACGCUGGAGCAGCCCGUCUCUUUGGUCCAGAGCCGCUUCGAGAAUUUGCCCAGCAUCUUGCGCUACGCCAUGUUCGAUUCGGGACCGUUGACGACGCUGGGUGGAGUCGAAGGCCUGGCCUGGGUCAACACCAAAUACGCCAAUCACAGCGACGACUGGCCCGACAUCGAGUUCCAUUUCGUUUCCGGCACGCCAGCCGCCGACGGAGGAGCUCAAAUUCGUCGUGUCCACGGUGUCACUGAUUUCGUCUGGGACAAUUAUUUCGCGCCAGUUGCCUACAGGGACACUUGGUCCGUCGUGCCCAUGUUGCUGAGACCUCGAUCGGUCGGCUACAUCCGUUUGCAAUCCGCCGAUCCGUACGACAAACCGCUUAUCUACCCAAACUACUUUGUCGACGACCAGGACGUCCGGGUUCUCGUCGAGGGCGUCAAAAUCGGUUUGGCGCUGGGCGAGACGGCCGCCUUCAAGAAAUUGGGCUCGAAAUUCUGGGCGCAGCCUUUCCCCGGAUGUGAGCAUUUGCCCUUGUGGACGGACGAGUACUGGGCCUGUUUUGUGCGCCACUACUCGUCAACAAUUUACCAUCCGACUGGAACGGCGAAAAUGGGACCACCGGGCGACCCGACAGCUGUCGUCGAUCCCGAGCUCAGAGUUUACGGCGUUCACAAUUUGCGUGUCGUCGAUUGCUCCAUCAUGCCCAACGUCCCAUCGGGCAACACCAACGCCCCAGCGAUUAUGGUGGGAGAGAAAGGUGCCGAUUUAAUUAAAUCAUUCUGGUUAAAUUACGCAUCGAAGAAAAAGUAGGAAUUUCAAAAAGGACCAACAACAACAAGGCGCAUUUCCACAGAUUUUUUCUCUCUUUCAACCUAGUCUCAUCAACUUUGAAAUCUCGUUGAAAUCGGGACUCUAUCUAUUUCUCUAUUAUUUUAUAUCUCCCUGCGCAUUUGUUAAAAGGAUCGUCUGGAACAUCCCCCCCCCAAAAAAAAACAAGAAUGACUUGAGCACAAGAACAAAAGUGUGUGUGUGUGUGUGUGUCUACAAAGAAGAGAACAAAUGUGAAAACUUGGCAAGUGAAAUGUCGUAGAACCCUCGUUUUGGGUGUGUUUGUGAACCCUCAGGCUCGUCAAGUCACUUGGCUCAUCACCCAUAACAAGAAAUUUAACGAACAGAAAAACGAAAAAAAAAAUCUGUUUGGCCCAACGUGUUUUUUUUAUGUUUUUGACAAAAUUUAGAAAUCAUCAUUCAAUUUGUUUCGCCCCCCACUUUUUUUUUCGAAAUAACACGAAACUUCAUAAGAGUGCCAUUAAGCGUCAUCCAUUUCACCCCACGUGUGUUUUGAUUUUCUAUUUUAAUUUUUUUUGCUUUUUCUCUUUACAAAAAAAAUGUUAGUAUGUAUUAAUUAAUGAAUUCUUUUCUUGGGAAGGUGUCAGUGUUUUCAAAACAAAAAAAGGUGGGUUCCUUAAAUGACCUUUUUUUUUAAACGUGUUCUUUCGAGCUGAGCUCGUGAUUACACACGCAUAAAAAAAGCACACACAGACGAAAAGAACAAAACAGUAAUGUUGUCAAUGAUGUUCCAAAAAAAAAUGAAAAUGUCCUUCGUAAAUUGUCAAAAAAAUUAAUACAUUUUCGCCUUGUAAAAAAAUGAGGCAAACGA